UUCACGCGUCCAUCCUAGAAUCACACGAGGAAAGCUACGAUCGGUAUUUAAAGCGACGCUUGUUGGAUAUACAUUGAAUAUUGUUAAUUAACCAAUGUUUAAUAUAGUUCCUUGAGUAUUGGUUUUAAAUAGACAUAUUGUUGUGUAUAAUGGCUACGUUUGAGUCUCUCGGGCUGUGUGAUUGGUUGAUCCAGCAAUGUAAGCAGAUGGGCAUGAGUCGACCAACACCAGUACAGGAGAAAUGCAUCCCUGCAAUACUGGAUGGUCGGGAUUGCAUGGGAUGUGCCAAAACUGGCAGUGGGAAAACGGCAGCUUUCGUUCUCCCGGUUCUGCAAAAGCUGUCUGAGGAUCCUUAUGGUGUUUUCUGCUUGGUUUUAACCCCUACCAGAGAGCUUGCUUACCAGAUAGCAGAACAGUUCAAAGCAUUAGGAAAGCCACUGGGUUUGAAAGAUUGUAUCGUUGUGGGUGGAAUGGACAUGGUGACCCAAGGUUUGGAGUUGUCGAAAAAGCCCCAUGUUGUUGUUGCGACACCAGGACGUCUUGCUGAUCACAUCAGAAGCUCUGACACCGUCAGCUUGAACAAAAUCCAGUUUCUGAUCAUGGAUGAAGCUGACCGUCUUUUGGAGCAGGGCUGCACAGAUUUCACUAAAGAUUUAGAGGUCAUUCUCAGUGUUGUUCCAGCGAAACGGCAAACGCUGCUUUUCAGUGCCACACUUACAGAUACACUGCAGCAGCUACAGAGCAUUGCCUUGAACAGACCUUUCUUUUGGGAGCACAAAUCCGAGGUGCGAACAGUAGAAGAGUUGGAUCAGAGAUACAUCCUCACUCCUGAGAAAGUCAAGGAUGCUUACCUGGUCCAUCUCAUCCAGAAGUUCCAGGAUGAACAUGAUGAUUGGUCUGUUAUAAUAUUCACCAACACAUGCAAGAACUGUCAGAUACUCACAAUGAUGCUGCGUGAAUUCAAUUUCCCAACCAUCUCUCUGCACUCAAUGAUGAAGCAGAGACAACGGUUUGCCAACCUUGCAAAGUUCAAGUCCAACGUCUUCAAAAUCCUUAUAGCAACAGAUGUUGCUUCCAGGGGUUUGGACAUUCCUAUGGUACAAGUUGUUAUCAAUCACAACACACCAGGUUUGCCAAAAACUUACAUCCACAGAGUGGGACGAACUGCUCGAGCUGGCCGAAAUGGUGUUUCCAUCACACUGGUCACUCAGUAUGACAUCCACCUUGUCAGUGCCAUUGAGGAACAGAUCCAGGUAAAAUUAAAGGAAUUUCCUGUUCAAGAAAAAGAAGUGUUGAAGAUCCUCACGCAAGUCAAUGUGACAAGACGACAGUGUGAAAUUAAACUGGAGUCAACCGAUUUUGAUGAGAAAAAGAAGAUAAACAAGCGGAAACAGAUGAUUCUAGAGGGAAAAGAUCCAGAUUUGGAAGAAAAAAGAAGAAACGAACUUGACAAGAUCAGGAAAAAUAAGAAAUUAAAAGGAAAAAAUCUGAAGAAAAGGGAGCGGGGAGAACAGAGCAACACGACAGAAGUGGACUCUUAAAACUGCUUGUUUAAUUUUGUAAAUUGAGUUCUGUGUUUGUAUGUGUGUAUAUAUACAUAUAUUGUCUAUUUCCAUAACCAGUUGUGUAAAAUAUUGCAAUAUUUCAAAAUAAAUACAAUUUAUGGAAACGUUGCAUGUGUGGCAAAAGAACAUAAGUCUCAAAAAAUUCAAAU